AUGGCCGCCUCUGUCUCUGCGGCUGCCGCUGCCGCGCUUGACAGCUCGAAAAACACGUUGAAACUCGAGAAUACAGAGAAAAGAGAUACACUUAUUGCCUUGGAGAAAAAAUAUCAGGCACUAUGGAAAGAAAAAAAGGUCUUUGAGGUCGAUGCUCCGUCGCUUUCUGAAAUUCCUGCGCAAAGCAUGUCAUCGGCCGAACUCCAUGAGAAGUACCCAAAGUUUUUUGGAACUAUGGCCUUCCCUUACAUGAACGGAACCCCCCAUGCGGGACACAGUUUCACGGCGAGUAAAAUUGAAUUUAUGACUGGAGUCGCCAGAAUGGAGGGGAAAAGGGCCCUUUUCCCCCUCGGGUUCCAUUGUACCGGUAUGCCUAUCAGGGCUUGCGCUGAUAAACUGGUGGACGAUAUAAAGAAAUUCGGCAAAAACUUUGAAAAUUAUAAGGAAGAGGAGGAGGUUGACUCUGUUCCUGCUCCAACCCAGGAAAUUGCCAAGGAAGAUCUGUCGAAGUUCUCUGGUAAAAAGAGUAAAGCAGCUAGCAAAGCUGUUAAGUUAAAAUACCAAUUCCAGAUUAUGAUGGCUCUAGGGAUACCUCUCGAGGAGGUUCAUAAGUUUGCGGAUCCGGAGCAUUGGCUUCAGCACUUUCCUCCGCUAUGGAUACGAGAUCUUGACAGUAUGGGAGCAAGAGUUGACUGGCGCAGACAGAUGGUAACGACCGAUGUCAAUCCCUAUUUUGACUCAUUCGUCCGCUGGCAGAUGGUUCGUUUGCAUGAGAUGGGGAAAAUCUUGUAUGGAAGUCGUUAUACAAUUUAUUCUCCCAAGGAUGGCCAACCAUGCAUGGACCACGACAGGCUUGAUGGGGAGGGUAUUGGCCCUCAGGAAUACACCGCCAUGAAAUUAAAAGUCAAAGAAUGGUCGCCAAAGGCAAAGGAGAUCAUCCAAGGGAAAAUUGAAGAGGAUGCGAAUGUUUAUUUUGUCCCUGCGACAUUACGACCAGAGACCAUGUAUGGGCAGACUUGCUGUUUCGUUGGUCCCGCCAUUUCCUAUGGUCUCUUCAAAGUGAAAGAGAAGGAGUACUACGUUAUUACCAAGCGAGCAGCAUGGAACAUGGCAUUCCAAGGAAUUUUCUUUGAUGUUAAUAAUCUUCCAAAAUCCCAAGAUGAGCUGCCUCCAGUCGUUGAGGCCCCUGGUUCUGCUCUAAUUGGUACUCUUGUAGACGCUCCUCUUUCUUUGCACAAAGAGGGUGUUAGGAUCUUACCUAUGGAAACUGUUUCUGCUACUAAGGGAACUGGUGUUGUCAGCUGUGUCCCUUCUGACAGUCCUGAUGAUUUUGCAACUAUCUCUGACCUCGCAAAGAAAGCUGAUUACUAUGGCAUUCAAAAAGAGUGGGCAGAGCUUGAAAUAUACCCGCUUAUUGAAACCCCAACCUACGGAAACCUUACAGCUCCCGCUCUAGUGAAACAGCUCAAGAUCAACUCACCAAAGGACACAGUUCAGCUUGCCCAAGCAAAGGAUCUAGCAUAUACUGAGGGCUUUUACAAGGGUAAAAUGCUUGUUGGUGAAUUUAAGGGGGAGGCUGUUCAAACUGCCAAGGAGAAAGUCCGCAAUUCUCUUAUCAAGAGUGGCGACGCCUUUCCAUUCGCUGACCCCAUGGGCAAAGUUACUAGCAGAAGUGGUGACGACUGCGUCGUUGCAUACCUUGGCCAAUGGUUCCUCAAUUACGGCGAAAAUGACCCUGAAUGGCAGAGCACCACACUCAAAUAUGUUACUGAUGAUUUGAACACAUACUCGGAAGAAACACGCCAUGGAUUUGAAAAGAACCUUGGCUGGCUCAAUCGUUGGGCAUGUGCUAGGACUUACGGCCUUGGGUCUAAACUUCCUUGGGAUCCCCAAUUCCUUGUUGAAAGUUUAAGUGACAGUACUAUAUACCAGUGUUAUUACACCAUCUCUCACCUUCUCCACGCAGAUCGAUACGGUAAGGAACCUGGCAAAUUAGGCAUCAAGCCUGAACAACUUACAGAUGAUGUCUGGGAUUGCAUUUUCGCCAGACGUGAUCUUGACGAUGAUUUGAUCAAGAAAAGUGGAAUUAGCAAGGAAUCUUUCCUGAGUCUAAGACGGGAAUUCGAAUACUGGUACCCGCUAGAUGUUCGAAUCUCUGGCAAGGACCUUAUCCAAAACCAUCUUACCUUCUUCCUCUAUAUCCACAUUGCCCUCUUCCCACGCGAAUAUUGGCCUCGUGGUGUAAGAGCCAAUGGACAUCUUCUACUUAACGGAGAAAAGAUGAGUAAGAGUACUGGGAAUUUCUUAACUCUCAGGGAUGCCGUUGAUAAGUACGGUGCAGAUGCUACUCGUAUUGCUUUCGCAGAUGCAGGUGAUGCAAUUGAAGAUGCAAACUUCGACGAGACCGUGGCAAAUAGCAAUAUUCUCCGUAUGUUUACCCUCAAGGAAUGGAUUGAGGAAACUGUUGCAGACAAGUCACUCCGCACUGGACCAGCAGACACUUUCUUGGACAAGGUAUUUGAUAAUGAAAUGAAUGCACUGGCUCGAGAGGCAAGAAAACACUAUGCCGACACCAAUUUCAAGUUGGCUUUGAAAUCCGCACUCUACGACUUCACCAGCGCAAAGGAUUUCUACCGUGAGGUGGCUACAUCCUCUGGUAUCGGUAUGCAUCGUGAUCUGAUACUCAGAUAUGUCGAGUUACAGGCGCUCCUCAUAUGCCCAAUUGCCCCUCAUUGGGCUGAGCACAUGUGGCUUGAUGUCCUCAAAAAGCCGGAUUCCAUCCAAAACGCCCGCUUCGUAGAUGUUCCGGAGCCAUCCGCCGCUCUGUCAUCAGCUCUGGUUUAUAUCCGGUCCACAACUUCAAACAUUACUUCUUCUGAGGCAGCAUUCAUUAAGAGAAUCUCAAAGGGCAAGAACGUCAAGUUCGACCCCCGAAAUCCCAAGAAGAUUACCAUCUUUGUCUCUAAGAAGUUCCCAGCAUGGCAAGACAAAUACAUAGACCUUGUUCGCGAAGCUUUUGAUGCUGUUAAGUUGACCAUUGAUGACAAGGGACUCAACGCUAAGGUUGGGAAGUUGGGCGAAAUGAAGAAAGCCAUGCCUUAUGUUCAAAGUUUGAAGAAACGCCUGAUCCAAGGUAAUGAAAAGCCAGAGGACGUUUUCAGCCGAGAAAUGCCCUUCGAUGAAGUGCAAGUCCUCAAUGACAUUGUUGGGAACCUGAAAAAGGUUACUGGGGCCAAGGAGGUCGAGAUCAUUGCUGUCGAAGAAGGUGGAAAUGCAGGAACCAACUUCGAAGGCGUUAGAAAAGAAGGGUUGUCCCCCGUUGCACAAAGCGCAGUACCAGGGCAACCCAGCUUUAACUUCGAGAAUAUCGAGGUUGCUACAUAA